AAAGAAAAUGGGCUAAAGUGUUAGGUUAGAAAACGGGUCCCAAUUUCAACCCAUGAAAAACGCCAUACAUCAGGCACCACCACGAGAGUCACCACCGCCGCGAGAGUCACCGCCGCCGCGAGAAGUGACAUUGCCGUGAGAAGUGUCGCCACGAGUAUUUGAGUCCAGAGUUGAAGAUUUUAUUAUUUGAAUUGUGAGGAAGAUUGAUCAAAGAAACUGAGGCAAAAAUGAAGAUGGUAACUGCUUUCACCGGCAACAUGAAGAGAGCUGCUGCUGGACUUAGACGCAUUAAUCUUGAAGGUCUUCGAUGGCGCGUUUUCGAUGCAAAAGGCCAGGUCCUUGGGAGGUUAGCAUCUCAAAUAGCUACUGUAGUCCAAGGAAAGGAUAAACCAACUUACACCCCUAAUCGUGAUGAUGGAGAUAUGUGCAUUGUUCUUAAUGCAAAGGAUGUUUGUGUGACUGGGAGAAAACUAACAGAAAAGGUCUACUACUGGCAUACAGGAUAUAUUGGCCACCUCAAGCAAAGGACUCUAAAGGAUCAAAUGGCCAAAGACCCUACUGAAGUCAUUCGCAAAGCUGUUCUGCGUAUGCUGCCCAGAAACAAACUACGUGAUGACAGGGAUCGAAAAUUAAGGAUUUUUCCUGGCAGUGAGCACCCAUUUGGUGAACGGCCACUUGAACCUUAUGUGAUGCCUCCGAGAAGUGUACGGGAAAUGAGGCCACGAGCAAGGCGUGCCAUGAUUCGAGCACAGAAGAAGGCUGAACUGCAACAACAGAAUGCUGAUGGAAAGAAGGGCAAAAAUAGAGAAGCGAAGGAAGAAACUGCAUGAAGAUGCAAUUUUGUUCAAAGGAUGAUGGUGCACACACUGAUUAUCAUUCAAAUGGAAAAUCAUCUGUCUCAAAGGCUUUAAAGAAGACAUAAUUAAAGGCUUAGACCAAAGAGUUUGAAAACUUUAUUGAUUAUGAUAAACUGUUCAAAUAACUAUUUUCAGUAACUUGUAUUCCUACUAAAAACCGGCAAAUUGAGAACAACUGCAGGUCCACAUUAAAAUUGAAACAUGUCUCUAAACACUAAUCCUAAGCUGAAUGAUCAACAAAUUCUUCAUUCAACAUUUC